GAAAGCCCCAAUUUUGAUUUUCCCAUACGAAUGGGAAUGGCCACGACUCUGCAAUGGCACCCACAAGCACAAGCAGUCCCACUUCCGGCGAGAGCCAAGCCUCUAAAUAAGUUCCCAACGUCGGCGCGCCACGUAGCCACCACCGUACAAGCUUUCCGGCGGAGCGACAUCGAUGGCUUCGCUAAGCGCAUGGCUUCCGGUGAAGCCUGGAGGGACGCCUGGCGCAGCGCGAAUGAUGGCUUUGAGCGCUUCGUCUUCGAAGCCAGAAAGACCGCCGAGCGCUUAGACCGCCGAUACGCCUUGUCGCGCAAGCUCAGCUCCGCCACCCAAUCCGCCGCUGCUCGAGCUCGAGAAAUUGAUAGGGAGCUUGAGAUUAGCUCGCGAUGGCGCGCUUUCUCUGUGGACUUCAGUAGAAACUGGCCUAGGUACAGGAAGCAGAUCAAUGAUUUUUUGGAUACUCCAUUAGGAAGGGGUUUUGCGACAAUUUUCUUCCUCUGGUUUGCACUAUCUGGAUGGCUUUUCCGGAUUUUGAUAUUUGCAACUUGGGUACUGCCAUUUGCUGCCCCUCUUCUCAUUGGAACUGUGGCCAACAACCUUGUUAUAAAGGGGGAUUGCCCAGCUUGCAAGAGGCAAUUUGUUGGAUACAAAAACCAAAUAAUUCGCUGUGCAGGCUGUGGAAACAUUGUGUGGCAACCGAAAGGGGACUUCUUCUCAAGAGAUAACAAAGGCCCUACUUCAAAGUCCGACCCUCAAGUUAUUGAUGUUGAGUUUGAGGAGAAAUGAGUGAGAUAUCAAAACUGACAUAGGGAUUUCAUGUCACACACAGAAAACAGUGAGCAUGGCCUGCCCAACUUGCAGGGAAAAAGAAAAAAAAGGGGGUCAUUUAAAUAUGUAGUAUUUUUUUUUUUUUCUUUUUGCUGAAAAAAAUUUGUAUUAUUUCUGUAUAAAUAGUUGUUGAUCAUUUUAUGUUAAUAGUAUAUUUCAUUUAAAUUUUGUUUUUCUUGCUUUUCUUUCUUAUGUCGACUGUACACUUUUGUCAAAGGAAUGUAAGGGAUGUUGAUUAAUUGUCUUUUUUAUCAAGGGAUGUUGAUAAUCA